GUGGGAGGGUGCGACCAGGGCUUCUAACGUAAACUCUCUACCUGUCUAAGCAGCGUUCAGAGUGACAGCAAGUGAAAGCACCGAAACUUCGCUUUGCCACGCGGAUUCCGCCCAGACAGGCGUUUGCAAAAUCAGUCAAAAUGUUCAAGAAGAAGAGUUCGAAGACCAGCGUGAACAUCACGCCUAAAAGAACACCGAUUGAUCUGACUGCCCUGAUUGAGAAGCUGCAGAAAAAUGCUGACAAGGUGGAGAAGAACAUCAUGGAGACGGAGCUGAACCUCAACAAGGACAUCACCAAGAUCAACGAAGGCAAAAAGCCACUGUACCAGGACGCCACCAACAAGUCCAUCCUGAACGCACUGGACCUCCUGACUGGGCUGGACGAGGACGCAGCAGAGGCCCGGCGCCUGCACCACCCCCAGGCUGAGAUGAUCCAGCAGGACAUGCGGCAGCUCCGUGAGCGGGUCAUGAAGCUGCGUGACGAGCACAACCACAUCUACCACAUCACCCGCUCCGAAGGGGUUCCUAGCGUCAACUGGGGCAAGGUCAUCGAUGAGAAAGUUGCAAAUCUGAACAACAAAGGUUUUGGACAAGACCUGCCUACUGUUGAAAAUGAAGUUGAAGAGCACAACAUCUUUCACAGUGAGGUGGAGGCCCUGGCUCCCUACAUAACUGAGGGAAAUGACCAGGAGUACAUCGGGACCCAGCAGAUGAAAUACAACAAACUCCUGGCUGCAUCCACUGCCCGGAAGAAGCACCUGCUCAGUCUCAGAGACUACAUGCAGCGCUGCACCAACGAGCUCUACUGGCUGGAUCAGCAGACGGAGGAGCGCAUCACCUACGACUGGAGUGAUGCCAACCUGGACUACCCCGCCCGCAAGAGGCAAUACGAGAACUUCAUCAGUAAGUGUCUGGAGUCAAAGGAGAUGACGAUCACCAAGCUGAAUGAUGACGGAGAGAAACUCAUCGCCGAGGACCACCCGGGCAAGAACGUCAUCGAGGCACAUACGGAGGCUGUCCAUGCAGACUGGAAGGAAUAUCUCAACCUGCUCAUCUGUGAGGAGAACCAUCUCAAGCACAUGGACGAGUACCACAAGUUUCAUAAGGAGGCCAGAGACACGCAGGACCUGCUGAAACGUCUGGAAACUGAAGUCCAGCAGAAGUACAACCCGGACUUCAAGGACAUGUACCAGCUGGAUGGUUUGCUCACAGACCUCAACGACCAGGCUAAGGCCAUGGAUCACCUGGAGGAGCGGGUGAAGUCUCUGCAGACCCGCAGCAUGCAGGUGCUGCCCCUGAAGCUCCGCAACAACCCUCCGCAGAAGAUGCUGCCCAUCGAGGCGCUGUGCGAAUUCAACUCAGAUGAGGGGCAGAUUAUGCGAGGAGAGCGCUACACGCUCCUCAGGAACAACGGCUACAAGUGGGACGUGAAGGACCCGGCGGGACGCAGCACGACCGCUCCGGGGGUGUGUUUCAUCAUCCCUCCCACCGACCCCGAGUCCAUUUCAGUGGCUGAAAAUCUGGUAAGCCAGCAGAAGACCAUCAAACAGAAGGUGGCCAGCAGUAAAACGGCCCUGCAGACCAGACUGGCUGAACUGAGGAAGGAGAGCCCGGUUGGUCAGGACAAGCAGGAACAGCAGUGCCGGCAGUUGAUGGCAGGACUGGAUAAAGUGGUCAGCGACCUGAAUAAGCAGGAGAAGGCAAUUAAUACUCAAGUGCGCCCCCCUCUGGAACAGACCCGUCCUCUACAGGACAGCGAAGACAGACUUCGUGAAAUGAAGGACAUUGCCUCCGCCUUCCGAAGGAUAGAACCAGAAAAGACCGCGAAGGUGCAAGAGGCUGAGGUCUUCCUCAGAGCCAAUCCCAAGUGUGCCAGCACCCCACAGCUCUACUCCAAGGUGGCAGAGACCAACGACAAAUACGACAAAGUGGACCGGCUGUUGAAGUGUGCCAACGACAAACUUCAGAAUUCCAACCGCCUGGAAAAUUCCCUGCAGGGCUCAAAGAACCUGCUAUCCACCUACGAGAACAGGCUGGCCCGAGAAGAGGUCGCACCCUCUGACCUGAGCUCUCUGGAGAAGACUCAGCGUGAGCUCGCUGACAUGGCAUCUGAACUGAGGGCAAAGAAAUCCAUCGUGCCAGAGAUGGAGCAGAACCUGAGGUCUGCUAAGCUCAGCUGUGACAACAUGGUGAUCACGACGCAGGAGCACUGUCCUGAUAUCGAGAGGCAGGAGGCGGACGUGGAGAAGCUCACCAAACGCUACGACAACCUCAACAGGCAGAUUGAUGCUAGGUCCCAGUAUAUGCAGAGAGCCAAAGCGUCCUACAACAAUUACCGCAAUGACUAUGACAACCUGAACAGCUGGCUUUCACGGGUCCCGAACUACGAGCCCCGCGAGACUGAUGAUGUUAGACAGGUGGAGGCCAAACUGAAAAACCAAAGAAAUCUGCUUUCUGACAUCGCAAGAAAAGAGUCCGACUUGAACAAUGUCGCAAGGAAUGCACAGCUCUACCAACAGGCUGUUAAGGACUACGAAAACGAAGCGGAGAGGUUCAGAUCCGUUCUUGAUCUUGAAGAUGGCUUGGUACCACAGACCUACAAAAGGAGCAGAAUGGAUUCUCCUGCAUUGAGAGUCAAGGCAGAGGAAUCAGCCAUUGAGGCAAAAUUCACUGAAGUCAACGCGGUGAAUAAACAGCGGCUGCAGAACCUGGAGUUUGUUCAAGGACUUCUCAAUCAGCAACCAGAGGUCCCAAUAAUUGACCGCAAAGUUCAGUCAGUGAAUGCGAGCGCCCCUGGAGAUGAACCCUGGAGAAUCAAGAACCAGCUGGAGGAAGAGAUUCAUAGAAGACAGCAGCUGGAGAAGGAACUCAAAACCAUUCAGAGUGACAUCUAUGUGCUGGAAGGCCAAAAACCCCAGGACACAAUUGUCAAGAAAGAGCUGAUUAAGAAGGUACCUGAUCCUCAGCUGGACGAGGAAAUGAGCAAAGUCCAGCAGAAGCUCCUGGACGAGCGCCGGACCACCCGCAUCCUAGAAAGCGAACUGGACAGCCUGCAGGUGAAGCUGCGUGGGAUAGAGACGGAGAUAAAAGAGGGAGCUCAGCAGUACACGGUCAAAGAGGUGCUCCGCAUCGAACGGGACAAGGAGCAGGAGGAGGAAGUGAGGAGACUCCGGGACGAGCUGGAGGAACUCAAGAGACAGAAGAUGGUCAGAGACAAUGAAGCCGUUCAUAUGCAGAAGCAGAUAACCAUACUGUCUGCGGAGAAAAACAAGGAGCAGGAAGUCAUUAAGGAGGAAGAAGUGAUCAAGGUGCAAAACGAUCCACAGCUGGAAACCGAGUACAGGCUGCUCCUGGACAGAAAACAGAAAGAAACGGACAACCGGCAACAUCUUGAGGAUGAGCUACGAUUCCUGCAAGAAAAACUGAAGCGUCUGGAGAAGGAAAAGGCUAUGGCCGAGGAGAAGAUCUCCAUCCGCGAGGUGCUUAAGGUCGAGAAAGACAUUGUCCUGGAGAGGGAGGUUGAAAACCUGAGAAGACAGCUGGAAGAUGAAAAGGCGAAACGCAUGUCUUCUCAGAGAGAAAGAACAGACAUUCAGAGGAAGAUCACAAGCCUGGAGGAGGAAAAGUCAAAGGUGAUUGUUCAGGAGAAGGUGCGUGAAAUUGUUAGGCCUGACCCCAAGGCAGAGACAGAGGUUGCCAACCUCAGGCUGGAGCUUGUAGAACAGCAGAGAAGAUGCAGAGAUGCUGAACUCCAGCUGAAGUCUGUUCAGGACGAGUUGGUACUACUGAAAAACAGAGGCCCACAAAUUGAAUACAAAGAAAUCAUCAAGGAGAUGAUAAAGUACAAGAUCGACCCUGAAACGGAAAGAGAGCUGGAGAAACUCCGAAAUGAAAUUGUCGACAAAACUCACCAUAUAGAGAAGUAUGAAAUAGAGAUUCUCCAACUGAGAGAUGAGAUUCAGAAGUGGAAAGACACGAAGCCCCAAGUACAGACCAAAGAGGUAGUUAACGAAGUUAUUCAAUACAGAGAAGAUCCAAAAACCAAAGAGGAAAUUGAGACCCUUAAAAGGAAACUGGCUGAGGAACAGAGGAAACGUUUGGACUUGGAGGGAGACCGGUCCUCCUUUGAAGAUAAAAUCAGAGCUAAGAAGAUUGACUUGUCACAGGUUAGAGAAAAGGUUGUACAACAAGAAGUUGUAAAGAUGCAAGAAGACCCUCUCUUGAGAUCUGAGUGUGACAGCUUAACCCAGAAGAUCAAUGAUGAGGUGAGACAGAGGGAUCUUUUGAAAGAGGAACUGUUGAGGCUGCAGCGUCAGAAGGCUGAUCUGGAACUCCAGCUAGAGGAGAUUGAACGUGAACGCAGAAUGCGACGCGACGCCGAGCUCGAAAUUCAGCGUCUGAGGGUUCGCCUCAACGAGCUGGAGAUUAAAGACAAGGAAACUAGAGAGAAGGUCACAGUGAAACAAAAGGUUGUUCUGCAGCAGGACCCUCAACAGGAGAAGGAACACUCCAUCCUGCGGCUUCAGGUUGAGGAGGAGCGGCACAAACGUGUCCUGCUGGAGAAGGAGUACAAUGUGCUGCUGCAGCAGAUAGAAACGCUGGAAAAGGUGGAGGUGCGUGAAAAAGUUGUCCGCACAGAGAAGAUCCAAGUCGAGAAGGAUCCCGAAGCCGAGCUUGAGAUUGAGAGGCUGAAGAGGAGCCUUGAAGAAGAGACAAGGCGCCGGCAAGAGCUGGACCUAGAGCUCACUAACAUCACCUCAAGACUGACAGAAAUGGAGUUCACCAAUACGAAGUCGUCUAAAGAGCUCGACUACAUCCGAGAUGAGAGCAACAGACUACAGCAGGAGAACCAACGCCUUCAGAACGAAAUCAGGAAACUCCAGGCUGAGAUCCACAUCACAACAAAAGAAACCAAGCAAAUCACAGAGUCCAUCCCGCUGGACACCAGCAGGAACUUAGAACUCCGCCUGUCAUCGCUGCAGAAGGAACUCUCUGACCUGAAACGCAUCACGACUGAGAAAGACGAAGAGAUUGAAAAGAUGCAGAAGAAUCUGUCUGCCGUGAGGGUGAAGAGAGAACAAAGAGAAAGUCACCUCCGUCGCUCCAUCGUCGUCAUCGACCCGGAGUCGGGCAAAGAGAUGCGGCCCGAGGAGGCCUACAAGUUGGGCCUGAUCGACUGGAAGAUGUUUGUUAACCUUCAGAGUCAGGAAUGCGACUGGGAAGAAAUCAGCGUCAAGGGUCCGAAUGGGGAAUCAUCUGUUCUUCACGAUAGAAAAUCAGGGAAAAAGUUCUCCAUCGAAGAAGCUCUUCGGGCUGGGAAUAUCACAAACCGCCAGCUACAGCAGUACCAGAAUAAAGAAAUUAGCAUCCAAGAGUUUGGUGUAAUGGUCUCAGGAAAAAGCAAAUAAUUUCACAAUACAUUUUUUGUUUGUUUUAUAUUCUAUCUCUACUUGUUUAAGGAGCUGCAGCUAAGGUUUUGGUUUAAGCACAUUUCUUGGGCUUACAGAUCGGAUAUAAUUGGAAUCUUUUUUUCUCAGUUCUUUGUCUAUUUAUUUUCAAUGCAUUCCUAUAUUGAUGCAUCCAGCUCUUCUUUCCCUACCUUUCUCAUUUUGGGUUAAAAGAGAGAAUUUUAUCUUAAUGUUAGUUUGUUAUUUUGAAGGAUAAGCAGAGGCAUUUUGAUUUUGCAGGGUGAACAUUAUCUGUAUCUGUUCCUAUGGUUCUUGUGUAAAAGGCACUUGGUAACAACACUAUAUACAUAUUACAAAGUAUUUUUGCUUCAUUAUUGGAGGUGAAACGAUCACAGUUAACACAUGUCAUGUGGAAUGUUUCUUGACAUAACCUGUGUCAGAUAAACAUUGUUUAUAAUGUUUCUCAAAGUAAAAUACUUUUG